AUGGCCCUUUCUGUGCGCACAAGUGGUGGAUCCCGGCAAUUCUCUUCUCGGAGUGGACUUGGCGGGGGAUCUCUGAGAAUGUCUAGUUCUAGCGGUGGAGGAGGCUUUGGUAGCAGUGGACUUGGGUUUGGUGGUGGGUCUGGCGGAGGUUUUGGUGCUGCUUCCAUGCUUGGUUCAGGCUCUGGCUUCAGUGGGUGUUUUGGGAGCAGCUCAGGUGGAGGCUUUGGGAGCAGCUUAAGUAGUGGCUUUGGUGGCGGCUUUGGUAGUGGUUUAUGUGGUAGCUAUGGAAGUGGCUUAGGCAGUGCUUUUGGCAGAGGUUUUGGAAGUGGUUUUGGCAGCAGCUCAGGCACUGGUUCUGGAGGUGGCUUUGGUAGUGGCUCAGGAUCUGUUUUUGGAGGUUGUUUUGGCACUGCUGGUGCUGGGGAUGGUGGCCUUCUUUCUGGCUCAAAAAAAGAAACUAUGCAGAACCUCAAUGACCGUCUGGCUGCUUACCUGGACAAAGUACGAUCUCUGGAGGACGCCAAUACUGAGUUGGAGUGCAAAAUCCACGAGUGGUAUGAGAAAAACGGCCCUGGCACUGGUAUCCCUGGAUCUGGGAGUGACUAUAGCAAAUACUACCCUAUAAUUGAAGAUCUUCGAAACAAGAUCAUUAAUGCAACUAUCGACAAUGCAAGAAUCAUUUUGCAGGUCGAUAAUGCCAGACUGGCUGCUGAUGAUUUCAGACUGAAAUAUGAGAAUGAAGUGGCUCUUCGCCAGAGUGUGGAAGCUGACAUCAAUGGUCUGCGCAGAGUUCUUGAUGAGCUGACCUUGACAAGAGCUGAUUUGGAGAUGCAGAUUGAAAGCCUGAAUGAAGAACUGGCUUAUCUCAAGAAGAAUCAUGAAGAGGAGCUUCAGGGCAUCCAGAGCAGUGCCUUUGGCCAAGUCAGCGUUGAAAUGGAUGCUGCUCCAGGAAUUGACCUGACCAAGCUUUUGAAUGACAUGAGGGGACAGUAUGAAGUCAUUGCUGAGCAAAAUCGUAAAGAGGCUGAAGCAUGGUUCAAUGAAAAAAGUGGGGAGCUGAAAAGGGAAAUCUCCACCAAUACUGAGCAGCUUCAGUCAGGAAAGAGUGAGAUCACAGAUUUAAAACGGACUCUCCAGAGCUUGGAAAUUGAACUACAGUCUCAGCUUGCCAUGAAAAAAUCCCUUGAAGACACUUUGGCAGAAACGGAAGGCGGUUACUGUGCUCAGCUUUCACAAAUGCAACUUCAGAUUGGGAAUCUGGAGUCUCAGCUGUUUCAGGUCAGGGCUGAUAUGGAGCGCCAGAAUGCGGAGUAUCAACAACUUCUAGACAUCAAGACUCGCCUGGAAAUGGAGAUAGAAACCUAUCGUCGCUUGCUUGAUGGCGAGUUUGUGACCGCAGGACAGGAACUUACAUUUGAAAGCUCGUCCUUGACAGGGUCCAAAUCACAAACACAAUCACUGGACUCUUCUCAGGAUCCUACCAAAACUAGAAAGAUCAAGACAAUUAUUGAAGAAGUGGUAGAUGGAAAAGUUGUUGCAUCCCAUGUUAAGGAAGUUGAAGAGAAGAUAGAAGCCAGGGUAAUUAAAACAAUUAUCAAAGAAAUAAAUCAGCAUAGUAGAAUCGCAACAUCUAAAAUCCAGUCAGUUAAAGAAAAAGCACUGUGA